CACAGAUCAUGUUUUGCACUUUGAACACUCAUAAAGCUGAUAUGGACAAGCUCUUAGGUGCACAAAUUGGCCUUGAAGAUUUCAUAUUUGCCCACAUAAAAGGACAACGAAAAGAAGUGGAAGUUCUUAAAACUGAUGAUGUGCUUGGGCUUACCGUUACAGACAAUGGAACUGGCUGUGCAUUUAUAAAGCGAAUCAAAGAAGGUAGCCUGAUGGACCAAACCAAAAUGAUCUGCGUGGGUGAUCACAUAGAGACUAUAAAUGGAAAAAAUGUGUCAGACUGUCGGCAUUAUGAAGUUGCCAAAAUGCUAAAAGAUCUGGAGAAAGGUCAGAUGUUUAAGCUGGAGUUGAUAGAGCCUAUGAAAGCAUUUGAAAAGCUGGAACCAAGGUCCAAAGGUGGAACUCUGCCAGAGGCUAAAAUCUCCAGAGGGAGAGAAACACUUCGGCUGAGAACCAAAGGCCCUGCUACUGUGGAGGAAAUGCCAACUGAAGUUGAAGAAAAAGCAAUUAAAAAAGUGGAUGAGCUUCUUGAAACAUACAUGGGGAUAAGAGAUAUUGAAUUAGCUGCAACAAUGGUGGAAGCUGGAAAAGACAAGAAAAACCCAGAUGAAUUUGCAGUGGCAUUGGAUGAAACUCUUGGAGACUUUGCAUUUCCAGAUGAGUUUGUCUUUGAUGUAUGGGGAGCAAUAGGUGAUGCUAAGCAGGGACGACUGGAAUGAGAACUGUGCAAUUUAUCAAUUCCUAUUUGAAAAUCCAAAAUUAUUUUUGAAUACGUACAUCAGAAUUUUAAUACUUUUAUUAAUAUGAAUC